GGCCAUCUUAGGCGAACUGAUCUUACGCACAAGAAGCUCAGAGCAGCAGACGGGAUCUCCGGGAGUCUAAUCAUAGCCCAGUUCAUACGUCAAUAAACAAGGACGACUGCACUUGUUGAUACAGCACUGCGCUCUCUUUCAACCGGAUGACCUGAAAGACCCACACUGCGCUUUGAUUUUUGAUUUCUGAAGUCUGCAUUUCCCCGAUGGAGAGGAUCAGGUCUGUCGGAGGGGAACGCGAUAACCCCGGUUUCGAUCCCACUCUGGAUGAACCCCCCGUGUACGAGGAGCCCGGCGCCGACCACCGGGCGGUCCGGCCCUCGGUGGUCAGCGCCUUUGGUCACGACACUUUGGACCGCGUGCCCAACAUUGACUUCUAUCGCAAUGCAGGCAGUGUAAGUGGUCACCGGGCCAUGCGACCAUCCCUGCAGGAGCUGCACGACGUGUUUCAGAAGCAGAAUGGAGGGAUCUCCGUGCCGGACACCGUCAACGACGAUGGGGAGGGGAGUGACGGGACCCCCUCUGACGAUCUGGAGUCCGCCGUCCCUGCAGACACCAAGGGGGGAACAAUAAAGUUUGGCUGGAUACGGGGCGUCCUGGUGAGAUGCAUGCUGAACAUCUGGGGUGUCAUGUUGUUCAUCCGUCUGUCCUGGAUCUUUGGUCACGCAGGCUGGGGUCUGGGAAUUGUGGUGAUUGUUCUCAGCUGUGUGGUCACCACCAUCACUGGCCUCUCCAUGUCUGCCAUUUGUACCAAUGGUGUGGUCAGAGGAGGAGGAGCCUACUACAUGAUAUCUCGCAGUCUGGGGCCAGAGUUCGGCGGCUCGAUCGGUCUCAUUUUCGCCUUGGCCAACGCGGUGGCCGUAGCCCUGUACGUGGUGGGGUUCGCGGAGACCGUGGUGGAGCUGCUCGUGGAUCACGAUCUCGUCAUGGUCAGCGUGGUGAAUGACAUCCGAAUCGUUGGCUGUAUUACUGUGGUGCUGCUGUUGGCCAUAUCAGUUGCUGGAAUGGAAUGGGAGGCCAAGGCACAGAUUGUUCUACUCGUUAUCUUGCUGGUCGCCAUAGUGAACGUAUUUGUGGGAACUUUUAUUCCUGUGACUGACCACAAGAAAUCUCAGGGCAUCUUCAAUUAUCAAUCAAACGUAUUUUUAGAAAACUUUACCCCAGAUUUUCGAGACGGUGAGACCUUCUUCUCAGUUUUUGCCAUCUUUUUCCCCGCUGCAACCGGGAUCCUGGCCGGAGCGAACAUAUCCGGCGACUUGCGGGAUCCCCAGGCUGCCAUACCCAAAGGUACCUUGCUGGCCAUCCUGAUUACUGGUAUCACCUACCUGGCGGUGGGCCUCUGUGUUUCUGCCACGGUCGUCCGUGAAGCCACGGGAAACCUAACGGACAUCGUCACUGCUGGCAUGGUGUGCAAUGGUUCGUCCGUGGCCGCCUGCGAUCUCGGCUAUGAUUUCUCUUCCUGCGCGGUGGAGAAGUGCAAGUACGGCCUGAUCAACAACAACCAGGUGAUGACCAUGGUGUCUGGGUUUGGCCCCCUCAUCAUUGCUGGAACGUUCUCAGCCACGCUUUCCUCGGCCCUGGCUUCCCUCGUCAGCGCUCCCAAAGUCUUCCAGGCCCUGUGUAAAGACAACAUCUACAAGAUCCUGCAUUUCUUUGCCAAAGGAUACGGCAAGAACAACGAGCCAAUCCGGGGCUACGUCCUCACAUUCAUCAUUUCUGUGGCCUUCAUUCUCGUUGGUGACCUCAACGUCAUCGCUCCGAUCAUCUCAAACUUCUUCCUGGCAUCUUAUGCCCUCAUCAAUUUCUCCUGCUUCCAUGCAUCCUACGCCAAGUCUCCAGGUUGGAGACCGGCAUAUAAAUUCUACAACAUGUGGCUCUCGCUGGCGGGCGCAUUGCUCUGCUGCGUUGUCAUGUUUGUCAUCAACUGGUGGGCGGCUCUACUCACGUAUGGAAUUGAAAUCCUACUUUACAUCUAUGUCAAAGUCAAGAAGCCAGAUGUGAACUGGGGUUCGUCUACGCAGGCGGUGACGUUUGUAAGUUCGGUCAGCAACGCGCUGUCUCUGUCUGGGGUAGAAGAUCACGUCAAGAACUUCAGGCCUCAGAUCUUAGCGAUGACGGGCUCAGCGCGGUCCAGACCAGCUCUGUUGGACCUGGCUCACUCCCUUACCAAGAACUAUGGACUCUGUAUAGCCUGUGAAGUAUUUGAGGGGCCGAGAUCAGAGACCCUCGAAGAAAUGAACGCCAACAUGGAGAAGAACCAGCUGUGGCUCCGGAAGACUCAACGCAAGGCUUUCUACGCUGCUGUGGCCUGUAACUGCUUCAGGGAGGGAGCUGAGAGCCUGCUGCAGGCUUCUGGUCUCGGGCGCAUGAAGCCCAACACGCUGAUGGUAGGUUUCCAGAGGAACUGGAGGACCGCGGGCGUAGAGGCAGUGCAGAGCUACGUGGGAGUUCUGCAUGAUGCGUUGGACUUUGAGUACGGGACGGUGAUAUUGAGAACCAAGCAGGGACUCGAUGUGUCGCACAUCGUGGAAGCUGAAGAGGAGACGCUGAAAGCAGCGAGAAUGCAACAGGCGAUGGACAACAACAUGAUGCCCAACGGUGGGAAAGCAAAAGGACUGUUCAGCAAGUCCAAGAAAUCCUCCAAGCAAGUGCUCACGACCAGAGUGUCCGUGUGCGGCCCUCCGCCCCAGGAGGUCGCCGAGAUGAACGAGAUGCUGAUGGAGGCUAGUUCUCAGUUCCAGAAGAAACAGCCUAAAGGCACCAUCGAUGUGUGGUGGCUGUUUGACGACGGAGGUCUCACCCUGCUGCUCCCGUACAUCCUCACCACCAGAAAGAAGUGGAAGGACAGCAAACUGAGGAUCUUCAUCGCAGGGCAGCCUGGACGCUGUGAACAGGACAAGCAGGAGAUGAAGUCUCUGGUGCAAAAAUUCCGAAUUAACUGCACGGACAUCAACGUCAUCGAUAACAUCAACGCCCCGCCGAGAGCUGACAGCUACAAGAAGUUAGAGGACAUGAUCGAGCCUUUCUGCCUGCAUGAGGCGUCUAAAGACACCGCUCAGGCUGGGGCCAUGCGGAAAGAGCAGCCGUGGAAAAUCACAGACGAAGAGCUGAGCACCUUUGAGGAGAAGACCAGCCUCCAGGUACGACUGAACGAGGUGCUUCAGGAGCACUCUAAAUCAGCCAAUCUGAUCAUCGCGAGCAUGCCCAUUGCUCGUAAGGAGUCGGUCUCGGAUUUCCUCUACAUGGCCUGGCUGGAUAUUCUGACAAAGGACCUUCCGCCCACCUUGCUCAUUCGAGGAAACCACAAGAGCGUCCUCACGUUCUACUCCUGAGCACCACGCAUGUGUGAGCCAACCGUUAAAUGAGAUUUAAUGGAAGUACCACAAAAUGUGGGCCGAGUUCAUGAAGCGCACCAGACCCUUGGACGAUGUCGUUUAGGCCUCGUGGCCAACGACCCGGUAUAUAACACACAAAAGCAGUUUCAGUCAACCCCAACGAAGGCAUUCACGCUAACAAGUGCUAAGACGAAAAAGAACAAGAAAAUAUUUCAAAAGAAAGCACAGAAAGGUUUGUCAGCGGGUGUUGGAUGAAAAAAUAAUUUUCAGACACAGCUAAGCCUUAUGAAUGUUCACCAAUUCUUUUCAAUGGUUUCACUUGGUGACUUUGUUGCCUGCUGCAUUGAUUGUAAAAUAAAUGUACAUAGUAGAUCUUUCUUAAAUGAUUGAGUCCAUUGUUUUAAACCAUGAUAGUAAUGGUUCCAUUCAUUUUGAAGCAUUCCUUGAUAUUCACUGGGUUUAUAAUAUUCAUCUGUUUCACCAUUUGUGCAGGCUACUGUUUCAUGUU